AUGUGCGAAUCAAGCGUUUUGCUACCGCCAGGAAAACCAGCUCUGACCGAGAAGAUCCUUGCCCGCUAUGUUGACCUGCCCAACGGCCGCGUUUCGGGAGCUCCCGGGUGGUGUGGUGUGGAGUUGGUCACAAGGAGCGUUAACGGCGGUGAGGAUGCUCACAUUUCUUUGGUCUUUUCUUGCAGCAUACACACAGACAAUCAAUCGAGCGCGCGGGGAAGCUAUGCACCGACGCAAGGGCUUGGUUGGCCACCGGAGCAUUUGAGCGCAUGAAGUAGGAAAGUUUGGGCCCCAGGGCAAGGGCACGGCCAAGGCCAAACCGGGGCUGGCUUGGACUAUUUUUUCUUCCUCUUCUUGAAAGAAGGAAGAUGAGG